GAAUCCUAGUCCAAAAAUAACACGUGCACAAACAGACGUAUGACCGAUUUAGGAGCCACCUUUCCAAUCCAUCAUUCCCUCUUUUUUCAUAGAUUUUGCCUAGGGUUGGAGAAUGGACCACAGGGACCGUGUCGGCACCAUAAUAUUCAAAAAAAUAAAUAAAUAAUUAGUAUGCCGAAACACAACACGAUACAUUAAGUGUCAUAAUAUAUUUAGUAUGAUGAGUUAUAAUCCCAACAGACUAAAAAAUCUCUUUAAAAAAGAGAAAUUGCCUAGCAUGCACGGACACGAUCUAAUACUACAAGUGUCAUAAUACACUAACAAGUUGUGAUUCUGAAACAUUGAAAAAUCUUUGAAAGAAACAACAUCCUGGUCCCACUUGUAGAACAAACAAAUGGACCUUUGUCUCGCUAAAAAAGGUCGCCGUCCCAUUCAUUCUUUGGCUGGAAGAUUUUUCAGUGUGCCAGUUUGCUAUGAUAAUUAAUAAGCAGCGUCCUGCCCAACAAGAAGACGAUGACCUCCAUUGUUCUGAGAAAAAAAUGGCUUCUGAAUCCUACCCUCCACCGUUUCGUUCACUUCCAGAUUCAACCCAGGCCGUUGAUUUGGAUGACCAAGUCAACCCGGUUCAUGAUUCGGAGGAUCCGAUUCCUUUGAUGGAUCUCCAGAGCCUGAAACUUGGGGAGGCAUGCGAGUUUUGGGGAAUUUUUCGUUUGGUCAAUCAUGGAGUUCCUCCAACCCUUUUGACCCAACUUCGGGAGCAUGCCAAAAUGGUUUUUUCCCUGCCGUUUGAGUCCAAACAGAGCCUUAUCACCAGCCCUCUGUCCUACUUCUGGGGUACCCCUGCCCUUACUCCAUCUGGGGCGGCCUUAUCAACAAAGGGUAGUAGUAGCCUCCAGAAUAUCAACUGGGUUGAAGGACUCAACGUCCCUCUAGCUCAACUCAGUCAAUUUCAAAUUGACAAUCGCAUAAUUGCUUCUUUCAGCCUUGUGCUAGAAGAAUAUGGGAAGCACCUAGCUAGGCUAGCGACAACUAUAUUUGACGCUAUGGUAAUAAACCUUGGAUUGGAUCCAAUAGAAUCCAAAUCCCAUUUAUCAAAUUCUACUGGCAUUGUACGUGUCUAUCGCUACCCACCACAUUGCUCCAACUCCAGCUCUGCAUCUGCAAGGGGCAUGGACGUGCACACUGACAGCUCUGUGCUCUCGAUACUAAAUCAAGAUGAAGUCGGUGGACUCGAAGUUCUCAAAGACAAUGAGUGGUUCAGUGUUAACCCAAUUCCCAACACACUGAUUGUCAACCUCGGAGACAUGAUGCAGGCGAUAAGCAAUGACAAGUACAAGAGUGUGAAGCACAGAGUGAAGGUGAACAGAAGCAAAGAGAGAAUUUCAAUCUGCCAUUUUGUGUUUCCGGGAGAAGGCAGUGUGAUUCGGAGCUCAAACUAUAAGCCCUUUACAUAUAGGGAUUUUCAGAACGAAGUGCAGCAAGAUAUAAAGAGUGUUGGGUAUAAGGUCGGGCUUGAGAGGUUCAAAGCUUAGUGAAGAGGGUCUGUUAAUUGAUGAUGUUAAAUGGGCUAAUGACAGUAUGCUUGUGAGCUAUACAGAUGGAACAAUGUGGGAUAUAAGGGCACCACGUUUGUUUUUUAAUAUUUUUAUUUUGUUUAAUUUGUUUUGUACUUUUAGUUUUGCUCUAAUCCAAACAAGUUCUUUUCUGUUCA